AUGGUUGCCGAAUCAGGUCUGACGAAGGACCAAAUACGGCAUCGAAGGGAUAAACCCAUCUAUAAGCAAUACCUCGAUGCCGCUAGGAAGAAACAGCAACCACCCUUCUCCCAGUGUUGCCCUGUGAGCCGCCCACCUGCCCAACGAACGAGAGAUCGACCAUCAGGCAGCGACAUCGACGCCACCAACAGCUCGCGACGAUGUAAAAGAAGGUGA